AUGGCCAACAAGAACAUUUCACGACUCCACGGCGCCGCCGCCAUCUCCUGGUACUCUCCGCCUGUCCUUCAGGAAUCAGACCCCAUCCUCACGGCCCUGUCUCAAGCCAUCCAAAACGCUCCUUCGAAACCCCUCAACGCCUCCCUCAAACAUCUCCUCCCAUCAAUCCACGCCCACCACAUCGUAAAUCUCAUCAACCUCAAUCCACUCUCUCUCCCCCCGCUCUCUCUCUUCUCUCUCUUCCAAUGGCUUUCCUCCACUUCCGGCAGCUCCACUUUUCGCCACACCCUCCAAUCGUAUUGCACCAUGAUCCAUUUUCUCUGCUCCCAUCAAAUGUUUUCAGAGGCCAAAAACUUGCUCCGAGUCUUAGUCUCAAGAAAAGGGAGAAAUUCCGCUUCUGAUGUUUUUGCAGCAAUUCUUGAAUGCAAAGCUACUCAAAAAUCCAAUCUUUAUGUCUUCUCUGGAUUAAUGACUGCUUAUUUACAAUCAGGGCUUGUUCUUGAUGCCAUUCAGUGUUUUAGACUGGCUAAGAAGCAUAAAAUUCAGAUGCCGUUUGAUGCUUGUAGGAGUGUUCUUGAACAUUUGAUUGAGCUCAAGUCUUACAAAUUAGUUUGGGGGUUUUAUCAGGAGAUUCUGGAAUGUGGGUAUCCUGCAAGUUUGUAUUUUUUCAACAUUUUGAUGCAUAAAUUCUGCAAAUCAGGUGAAGUGAAGCUCGCACAAUCGGUUUUCGAUUCGAUUAGGAAAUGGGGUUUGAGGCCUAGUGUGGUUAGUUUCAACACUUUGAUAAAUGGUUAUGUUAGGUUGGGCGCUUUGGCUCAAGGGUUUAAGCUCAAGUAUGUAAUGCAGGAAAAUGGAAUCUUGCCUGAUGUUUAUACUUAUAGUGUUCUUCUCAAUGGGUUGUGCAAGGCUAGAAAAAUGGACCGUGCUGAUGAAUUGUUCAACGAAAUGCUUGAUGUUGGGUUGUCUCCGAAUCAUGUUACAUUCACUACAUUGAUCGAUGGCCAUUGCAAGAACGAGAGGAUCGAUUUAGCCAUGGAUGUUUAUAGACAAAUGCUGGCAGAUGGCUUAGUGCCUGAUUUGAUCACUUAUAAUGCGAUCAUCAAUGUGCUUUGCAAGAAGGGAGAGUUGAAGGAAGCACAGGAUCUGAUUAAGGAGAUGAGUGUGAAGGGUUUGAAGCCGGAUAAGGUCACAUACACUACCCUUGUCGAUGGAUGUUGCAAGGAGGGAGAUUUGGAGACUGCGAUUGAGCUGAAGAAGAGAAUGAUUGAAGAAAGUAUCCCACUUGAUAGUGUGGUUUACACCGCCCUUAUUAGUGGUUUGUGCCAAGAAGGGCGAGUGGUUGAUGCGGAGAAAAUGUUGAGGGAGAUGUUGAGAGCUGAUUUGAAACCUGAUUGUGGAACAUAUACGAUGGUAAUGGAUGGCUUCUGUAAGAGGGGAGAAGUUAGGACGGCGUCCGUGCUGCUUAGGGAGAUGCAGAGAGAUGGGAUCGCUGCGUCUGUUGUGUCGUACAAUGUGCUUAUCAACGGCUACUGCAGAGUAGGGCAGAUGAAGAAUGCAAAUAUGCUUCUUACUGCCAUGCUGAAUCUCGGGGUGGAGCCUGAUGACAUCACAUAUAACACCCUUCUCGAAGGCUACUGUAAAUACAGAAAAGCAGAAGAUGUCUCAAAACUGCGCGGUGCAAAAGGGCUUGUUCUUGAUUACGCUGCGUAUACUUCAUUGAUUGACAGCUUAAGUAGCAAUUCAAGAAGCCGUUCCAAGGAAUAAUAACAUAACAGUUGAUGAAGCCUUGGUUUCGUUUUUCAGAAAGCAGAAGCAGCUUCUUCUGCAGAGUUGAUGUAUGUAAAAGGAUACUGGUGAUGUGAACUGAGCCAGAAUAAGGUGGAGCCUUGUAUCAUAAAAUCGUGCUACAGUUAGAUAGACGAUAUAUAUAAUCUUGUUUACCCA